UUCCGAAAUAUACCCGGCAGCACUGCUGAAUAUUACGCAAACAACCGGUAUUUUCUGUAGUAUUAUGACGUAAAGGAGUUUCCCUGUAAAAUCACAUGAUAGUAAAUUAGAACGUAGCCGUGUAAGUUACGUUUACUGGCCUUGUUUUUAGAAAACUUUAGAAAGAAGAUGGCGGAGAAUCCAUCAUAUGGAGGUCCACCCCAACCUUACCCCCCUGGCCAACAGGGGUACCUGCCCCCACAAGGGGGUUACCCACCCCCACAACAAGGGGGUUACCCGCCUCCACAAGGGGGUUACCCACCACCUCAGCAAGGGGGUUACCCUCCACCUCAAGGGGGCUACCCCCCGCCCCAACAAGGGGGUUACCCACCCCCCCAACAAGGGGGUUAUGGAGCCCCACCUGGAGGACCCCCACCCCAACAGUGGAUGGCUGCACCCCAAGCUGCGGCGGGAUGCCCCCCGGGGCUUGAGUAUCUUACCCAGGUUGACCAGCUUUUGGUUCACCAAAAAGUAGAACUCCUCGAAGCGUUUACUGGUUUUGAGACAAACAACAAAUACGAGGUGAAAAACACUCUUGGACAAAAAGUUUAUUUUGCUGUUGAAGAUAAUGAUUGCUGUACAAGACAAUGCUGUGGUCCAUGCAGAAGUUUUGAUAUGAAAAUAAUGGAUAACUCACAGAGGGAAAUUGUCCAUUUGGAACGUCCACUUAGAUGUGCUUCUUGCUGGACCCCAUGUUGCCAGCAACAGAUGACAGUCUCUUCACCACCUGGAACAGUUAUUGGGCACGUGGAGCAAACUUGGGAUUUAUUUUUACCAAAGUUUAACAUUCUUAAUGAAAAUCAUGAAGUGGUAUUAAAAAUAGAAGGCCCGUGUUUUACAUGUAAUGGUUGUGGAGAUGUAGAAUUCAAGGUUAUGACAAAGGAUGACGUAUCUGUUGGUAAAAUAUCAAAGCAAUGGACUGGGUUGAUCAAAGAAGCAUUUACUGAUGCCGAUAACUUUGGUGUCCAAUUUCCAAUGGAUCUGUCAUUCAAGCAAUAUUUUUGUUGUUUUGUUGUAGGAUUUGGUGCAUUAACACUAACGGGCAAUAUUUUCCAACUUGUUAAAUAUAAUGAAAUUUUAGUUACUUUUGCUUAUAAUUAGUUUACUGAGAUUUUAUUGUUCACUAAUAUAACAUAACACCUCUAUAUUUUACCCAAAACCAUUAUACCCAAAUUAACUACACAGUCCGUACUAAAGUAUAGUUUUGUUGCAGUUGAAUUUAAAUCGUUCGUGCCUAUUGCAAAAAUUAUUUCCAUACAAAGAAUGUACAUUGCAAAUACCCAAUAUUUCACAGCUUAUAAAUACCGGUUCUAAAUAUUAAAUUGUGCUAACGCUUGUAUUUAUUAAUUCACACACAAUUAUUAUUUCAUUUUUAUGUACCUCUAAAUAUAUAUUACUUUGUUAUUGUAACAAUGUGUAAUAAAACCUGGGUAUUAAGAAA